UUCUUGAGAUCAUUGAGACCUCACAAGGUGGGGUCUUGAAUGGAGCCCCAGGCUGUGGGAGAUUGACAUUCAUGUUAAGCUUCAUUCAUUUUCUAAUAAUUGCUCCAACAGUGGAUCUUUUUCACCAAGCUGCUUGGAAAUUGUCCCGUAGCCCUUUACAGCCCUGUGUAAGUCUACUAUUUUGCCUCUGGUGUCUUUGGAUAGCUCUUUGGUCUUGGCCAUGUUAGUAGUCAGAGUCUUACUGAUUAUAUGGGGUGAACAUGUGUUUCUAUGCUGCCAACAACCUCAAACAGGUGCUUUUAAUAUAGGAUAAUUAGCAGAGUGGAGGUGGACUUUAAAGGCGGACUAAUAGGUCUUUGAUGGUCAGAAUUUUGAAUGACAGACUGAUAUGAUUCCCAGAUUACUUUUAGACUAUGUCUCACACAAUGGACAAGCACCUAAGAUUUUCGAAAUUGAUAAACCCCUACAUGAAUUCCAUGUUGGAGAGCUUGCAAAAUCACAGGGUAGGGUAUACAUAUAUUUAUUUGCCUCACUGUACAACUGGUUCCAGUUCCUUGGUUAUCACCUGUCCAGUGUGCAAUACAAGUAAUUAUAAGUAUAUUUUAUUUGAUUCUAAAUAAUUUUAACUCUAAGUCCAACCUUCAGCCGUGAACAAUGAUUCAACCCCGAAACAGUGUUCUUUUUUUGUUCCAGGGUUGAAAGUUGUGAAUAUUUUAACUAAAAGCAGCCUCAUGUCUACAUUAGCUAGAAUAUGUAGCAUCAUAUGGCACGAGGAAAACAAGUAAUCAAUAUAUUUUUCCAAGACAAUUGUUUAUUUUCCCUAAACCACAGUAAAUAUAAUUUUUGCAUGCAACAGAAAGGUCGAGCUUGACGGUGUCAAUUUGACAAAAGAAACAAUUAAAUAUGGGUAGGAAAUAAUGCAAUUGUGAGUGGGAAAAUAUUCAGUGAUGUCAGUUCCUGGGUGCUUCAGAAGCUGGACUAAACCAUUAUUAAUAAAAAGGGGAGGAUCACACAUCAUUGGUACUUUUAUUUUGGUGAUUGUAAAAGAUCAAUGAAAAAGUAGGUUUGGUCAUUGGGGACAUGCUCAUUUCAGCAAUGUUUCUAAAUAUAAUUUAUCAUUUCCCAAAAAAAAAGGAAGAAAGAAAAAAGACACUUUCAUUAUUUCAGAAGUCAAAUAAUAACAACAGGGUCCUAGAGGGAUAAUAUUAACAAUAAAAGGAAGUAACUUUAUACCUUAUUUGUAUUUUAACUUAAAAGUACAACAAGAGUUAAAUAGUUAAUUUUUAUAAUAAUAUUUUAACCAAUUCAUAAGAUAUUGGUUAUAAUUUCAAGACUACAUGAUUUAAUUAAUAAUAUUUACUUAAUUUCACAAUAAAAUUACUACGUGGACUCAGAAGGCAGACGCCACAUUAAGACGUUUAUUCAAACCUAGAAGUCAUUUCCAAGCGAAGAUGAGACAGCUUUCAAAUAGAAUAGUCCCCAGGGCUCCAGAGAGGACCCCCGUUGAAAUUGGCGAGACUCCAACUCUGUCCAGUUCCGGUGAAAAUGCUCCGCUGACACACAGAACAAAUCUCAGCCGUCCACUGUGUUUGCCUUUGGUCGCUGAGACCAAGAAGGUGAUAUGGGUGACCUCAGACCAGGUUGAGCUACAGGAGAAAGACCAACCUGAGCUGGAGAAGGCCUUUGACUGCUUUCCUUAUCUGACAGCUGAACAGACUGUCACUCUGGCUCAACGCUGCUCCCUGCACCCAGACCAGGUGAAGGUGUGGUUCAUGGCAAAAAGACUGGAGUAUGGGAUCAGCUGGGACUAUGAAGACAUCCGUGAAGUCUACGGAAAGAUUAGUGCCAGACACGGAGAUGAUGGAAAUGAGGAAUUACAAAACAGAGAGAAAAUAGGGAGAAAUGAAGACAGCAUAAAAAAUCAAGGAAAAGGAAAGGCCACAGAUUCCACAAAGGAGCAGAAUGUAGAAGACAGAUCGGGAAGAUUGGGACCAAAUGGAACUUGUGAGGAGAUGAAGCAAAACCCAGAGCAGGCGCAACCAUUAAGAAAUGAGAAGAAGGGAAAGUUAAAGGAAAAUAAAACCAAAAUAAGAAAGAAAAAGUCUGUUGUUGACAGGAAGAAAAAGAAGCAAACCAUUGAAGGUACAGCUGAGAAAACAACACCUCAGAUGUUUAAAUCCAACACAGGUGAGAGCACACUGCAAGACUCUGUGCUUGAUGGUACAAUUCAAACCAAAAAGUUAAAUAGAACAAGAGAAAGACCGGAAAAAGACCGGAAAAAGCCUGCCAACAAGAGCCCUCCUCUGCUUGAUGACCCACUGGGUGCCACCUCCCGACCUUCCCUUCAGUUUCAAACUGAACUCUUUAACGUUUUUACACAAACUGACAACACAGACCCACUAGAGACAAGUGACACUCUUUACCCUGCUAUGACAAACCCUGCAAACAGCAGCUUUGAUGAAAGCAAAGACGGGAAAACUGAGCUGAAAGAAGAGAUAGAAAAUGACAUUUUAGUCACUGACAUAGGAAAACUAAAGGAGCUCAUAAAAGGUAGCAACAGUCCCGUUUCGGACGAUCAGACCACUUUCCCCAGACAGCAGCGUGACAAAGUUCCACAUCCUUCUCAGACUGUUGGCAGAAGAAAGACUUGUAUUCAGUUAUCCACGCUGAAGAAGGCGUUCUCAAACUGCCAGUAUCCAACCAGCGAGCUGUACUAUCACCUGACCAAGGAGACCGGCCUCAGUCGCUCCAGUUUGGUUCAGUGGUUCGGUGAUAUGCGCUAUUACGUUAAAAAACAAAAGCCUUCCUGGAUGAAUGAUGAGCAACACAAGCAGGUGCUGGGCAACAUAAAGUACAGGCAAUACAUAAACAUAAUAACAAAGAUGGAAAAUAAGAAAAAGGUUUGAAGGCAUCUGUUAAGCUACAAUGUUGAUAUUUGUUCUAGUGGAAAAAAUGUUUCUUUUGAAUUUCUAAAUACAUUUUAUUUACCCUUUUGUUAGAAAAAUGUAUCUGUGGUUGAAAUAAAGGAAUUUCAUUGUUGGUUCAGACAUGA